GGCGGCCUGGGCGCGGAGCCGAGCGCCGGAGCUCAGCGCCCAGCAGAACCUAGAGGAGCGCACCCCGCGGCCCCGAUGGAGCGGUACAAAGCCCUGGAGCAGCUGCUGACGGAGCUGGACAACUUCCUCAGGAUCCUCGACCAGGAGAACCUGAGCAGCACGGCCGUGGUGAAGAAGAGCUGCCUGGCCGAGCUCCUCCGGCUGUAUACCAAGAGCAGCAGUUCUGAUGAGGAGUACAUUUACAUGAACAAAGUGACGGUCAACAAGCAGCAGAAUGCUGAGUCUCAAGACCAAGCACCCGAGGGACAAGGUCCGCUGACCAAUGGGGAGCCUGGCCAGCACUCCUCAGCACCUCAGAAGAGCCUUCCUGACCUCCCGCCACCCAAAAUCAUUCCAGAACGGAAACAGCUCACCAUCCCAAAGAUUGAGUCUCCGGAAGGUUACUAUGAAGAAGCUGAGCCAUAUGACACAUCCCUCAAUGAGGACGGAGAGGCCGUGAGCAGCUCCUACGAGUCCUACGACGAGGACGAAAACAGCAAGAGCAAGUCGGCCCCCUACCAGUGGCCCUCACCUGAGGCCAGCAUCGAGCUGAUGCGCGACGCCCGCAUCUGUGCCUUCCUGUGGCGCAAGAAGUGGCUGGGGCAGUGGGCCAAGCAGCUCUGCGUCAUCAGGGACACCAGACUCCUGUGCUACAAAUCCUCCAAGGAUCACAGCCCUCAGCUGGAUGUGAACCUGCUGGGCAGCAGCGUCAUUCACAAGGAGAAGCACGUGCGGAAGAAGGAGCACAAGCUGAAGAUCACGCCAAUGAACGCCGAUGUGAUCGUGCUGGGCCUGCAGAGCAAGGACCAAGCUGAGCAGUGGCUCCGGGUCAUCCAGGAGGUCAGCGGCCUGCCCUGCGAAAGCAUGUUUGAAGGAAACCAGUACACCUCAGAUGCCCAGCGGCCUAACUGUCAGAAACCAGAUAUAGCUGAGAAGUACCUGUCUGCUUCGGAGUUUGGGAGCUCUGUGGAUGGCCACCCUGAGGCCCCAGAGGCCAAAGACGUCAAAAAGAAAUGUUCUGCCGGUCUCAAACUGAGCAACCUAAUGAACCUGGGCAGGAAGAAAUCCACCUCGCUGGAGCCUCCAGACAGGUCCCUCGAGACCUCCAGCUACCUGAACGUGCUGGUGAACAGCCAGUGGAAGUCCCGUUGGUGCUCCGUCAGGGACAGUCACCUGCACUUCUACCAGGACCGGAACCGGAGCAGGGUGGCCCAGCAGCCCCUCAGCCUGGUGGGCUGCGAGGUGGUCCCAGACCCGAGCCCCGACCACCUCUAUUCCUUCCGCAUUCUCCACAACGGCGAGGAGCUGGCCAAGCUCGAGGCUAAGACCUCCGAGGAAAUGGGCCACUGGCUCGGCCUCCUGCUCUCUGAGUCAGGCUCUAAGACGGACCCGGAAGAGUUCACCUAUGACUACGUGGAUGCCGAUAGGGUUUCCUGUAUUGUGAGUGCGGCCAAAAACUCUCUCUUGCUGAUGCAGAGAAAGUUCUCAGAGCCAAACACGUACAUCGAUGGCCUACCCCGCCAGGGUCGCCAGGAGGAUCUGUAUGAUGACGUGGAAGUGUCAGAGCUGACAGCAGCGAUGGAGCUCACCGAGGAAGCCGCCCCUGCCACAGAGACUCUGAGCAAGAGCGAGCUCAGCCGUGUCUACCUGGACCUCACGCCCGUCAAGUCCUUCCUACAUAGCCCCAGCGGGGCCCAGGCCCAGGCUACCUCCCCAUUAUCAUCCUCCCUGGAUAAUCCAACCGAGGCCUUCCCUGCAGACCCGGGCCCAGGUCCUGCCCUGGAAGAACCCUGCAUAAAGUCUCCAGAGUGCCUGGAGCAGCAGGUACAGGACGUCCCCCAGCAGCAGGUGGAGAGUCCAGAGUCUGAGGAACAGUCACUGAAAGUCGCCACCAUUAAAAUCCAGACAGAACAGCAGAAAAUCUCCUUCCCACCAAGCUGCUCCGACACUGUGGUUGUGACCCCAGCGGGCACCAGCCCCCCUGUGAAGGACAGGCUGAAGGCCACCUCUGCAGAGAUCAAACUGGGCAAGAAUCGGACGGAAGCCGAGGUGAAGAGGUACACAGAGGAGAAGGAGAGGCUCGAGAAGAAGAAGGAGGAAAUCCGGGGGCACCUGGCUCAGCUCCGCAAGGAGAAACGCGAGCUGAAAGAGACCCUGUUAAAAUGUACAGACAAGGGAGUCCUGGCCAGCCUCGAGCAGAAGCUGAAGGAGAUUGACGAGGAGUGCCGGAUCGAGGAGAGCAGGCGUGUGGACCUUGAGCUUAACAUCAUGGAGGUGAAGGACAACCUGAAGAAGGCUGAGGCGGGGCCUGUGACACUGGGCACCACUGUGGACACCUCCCACUUGGAGAAUGUGAGCCCCCGCCCCAAAGCUGCCACCCCCAUCCCCACCCCUGACUGCACCCCAGUCAACUCUGCAACCGCACUGAAGAACAGGCCUCUUUCGGUCAUGGUCACAGGCAAAGGCACCGUUCUCCAGAAAGCCAAGGAAUGGGAGAAGAAAGGAACAAGUUAGAAAACAAGCUUCAUCCCAAGAUUCUCACAUCAGUACGGACCUUGGUGACAAUCCUCCUUUGUUCGAGUCUUCACUAAAGCAGCAAGUCUGAAAGAGCAGGACUGCUUAGAAGAUACAGGAAGGACCGGGGUACUAUGAACGGACAGCUGAAACUAAGAGGACAUACAGUCCCUCUUAGAGCCGAAGGAAAUAAUACAACAGAAAAAAGAAGGCUUCUUUAGAGACCUAAGUCUAUUUGACAUUAAAAAAAGACAUUGUAUUUAGGGAUGUUCUGUGUGUGUGUGUGUGUGUGUGUGUGUGUGUGUGCGCGCAUGAGCGUGUGUGCGUGCGUGUGUAUUUUAAGUUUUCAUCAAUUGCUUUAUCAAGAUUUCUAAGUAGUGAAAAGCUUCCAACUUAGGUGGAAGAAAAAUCUAGGUAGCAGGGCCCUGUCUCACUGGUCACGUGGGUUUGGUGACUAAAAAGACCUAAACUGCUGACCAUCAUCUCUUAUCCAAUACUUACCAGUGUCGGGGCUUAAACCGUCCUUGCCUCCAAUAUUAGCAGGCCCAGUGCAGUAUUCAGUGUUUUUAAACAGCAUGGACACAAAAUGUAUAACACUAUGAAAUGAAUUUUGAGCAACAGUGAUGGGGAAAAUACUUGAGACCAAGCGGAGGCACUGACCCUUCUAAGGUAAAGGCAUUUUUCUAGCCCAAGGCAGGUCCAAAUCAAUUGCCAUUAAAUAAAAUCAGAAGUGAUGCUGUAUCAUAUCGGAACACAAUAUUUAAAAUCCUAGGAUUUAGAACAAUGAAUAUUGUGUUUUGAGAUUUAACUUUGUUUUUUGUUUUCUUUUUGUUUUUUUUACAUUACCAUAGAACAAAAUUAUCCUGUGUUUACAGAGUCAAUCCUGUGGUCAGGCCAUUUUUAAGAGAAGAAAUAUUUAAUAUAAUACUCUCUAAGUCCUUGUUUUUAAGUUCUGUUUAAUGCCCAGUCCCCUGCCAAGAAAAAAAGUGGUGACUUUUGCUUAAGGUGGUCUCCCUCUUC